AUAGCUGUGCCUUACACGUCACACCGCUGCUCCAAAAAAACUUUUCAUGUAUUAACUCCUUUCUUUUAUUUUAUUCCGAAUUAUCCCGCUUGUGUCGAGCCCCCAAAAGUCACGAUGAGUUGUCAAAUAUGUCGAGCGCCAUUUACGAAAGAUUCGGAUGUUGCCAGUACCCCAUGUGGACAUCUCUUUGAUUACAAUUGCAUUGUAGAAAUACUCGAAACAACGGAAAGAUGUCCAAAAUGUGACAUAAUAUGUACUAGUGACACUUUACUCAAAGUGUACAUUAGUUUUCACGUUUUCGAAGACCCAGAGGAGCAGGAAGAGGAAAUUGGGCAGAUGAAAGAACAACUCGACACUAAAUCUAAUUCUCUUAGGGAUCUGAGAAGGGAGUACAUAGAUGCGCGCAUGAUAUGUAAUGAUCAGAUUAAUGAAAUUAAACAAAUGGAGUUGCAACGUGAACUGGCGGUGCAAGGUGUCAACAAUAUGAAAGAAGAUAUACUUUCUUUAAAAUAUACGGUUUCCAGAAAAAAAAAAUCAAUUACGUUUAAUGUCCAUGAAGGUGUGGCAGCAAGACGCUUAUUGUUUAGACACUCUAGAAUACGGCAGCUUCAUAGAAGGGUUAUGAGAAAUCUUAAUGGCCAAAUUAAUCACGUAGUCAAUACAUACGAAGACUUUAAACGUAAUCAAAAUAGAGAAAAAAUCUAUUUGGAAACCAAACUAAGGGCAUAUAAGAGAAAACUAGAAAUGUUUGAAGCGGCCAGUCGCAUUUAAGUUAGUUCGAAACAUGGUCUUCCAUCUGAAGCUGCCAGAGGAUUAGGCCCAAUUUGACUGUUUCCAAUGUAAUAACUUGUUUUUCUUCUGUGUAGAGUGAAUAUAGUUUAGUUUAAAUUUGUAAUUUUUAACAUUUCAAAUAUAGAUUUUUGGAUGUUCCACUUA